AUGUCUCUUUCUCCUGCUUCUUCUGUUGCUCCUUCUCUGCGCUCUACGCGAAGCUCAGUAGCGGCCUUUCUAGAUUCAGAGAUCCCCAACCCUAGCCCCCAGCAGCAGCAGCAGCAGCAGCAGCAGCAGGGUGUCAGAGGUCGUUCUUCUCGUUUUUCUUCUUUGUCUGAAUCUUAUCGCUUUACCGACGCCUCUUCUUGUGCUUCAACUCUUCUAUCUGCUUCUAAUGUCCUUAUAGUUCCUGGGUUUGGUGCUGCUAGCAGCAGGUGUGGGGCGGAGUUAAGAGAGACGCUGCUGCUGCUGGUGCAGCGUGGAGUGUAUGCACAGGUAGCUGUAAGCCCCGCAGCAGGUCUAUUCCCCGGGCAUAUAUCUUUAUAUCUUCAAGAUAUACCUGAUGCACUGAUUAUAACUGGGGACGAAGCAGCAGAGAGGCUGCUGCAGCAGGUAGAUGUGUGUCUAGUAGUAGGAGCUAGCGAUGUUGUAAGCCCUCUUGUGCUGCAUGCAGAAAAGCCCCAAAAGGGAUUAAUAAUUGAAGCCUGGAGAGCAGAGAAGGUUAUUUGUCUCUUACGAUUAACAGGUCCUUUAUCCAACCCUAAGUACAACAACCCCACCUUUAAAAGCCCCAAUGCAUGCAUCUUUAGAGGAGACGCAAAGAAAUCUCUUCAGGCAAUUAUUGGUUGCAUGCGACAGCAGCAGCAAACCAGCCCCAAUGGAGGCCCUAAUAGAUGGCCUCCUUCACUUGGGGUGUACGCACACCGCAACGCAGAAGAAGAAGAACUCUCUUCGCCCUCGCGCUGGCCACCCCACACUCUUCAUGUUGGAUUCUUACGGGAUCGUCUCCAGCUGGGAUCGGGAUCGGGGAUCGUCGCCAUCGAUCCCCGUGGGGUGCGGCGUCUGAGGCAGCUGGGCAUUCUCCCUAUAGUGGAACGGGCGUCUGAAAAGGAGACACUUAGCAGCAAAGGAGACAAAAGGGACUACGAAGAAGACACAGAAAAUAAACAAGAAAAACAACAACAAGAAGAGCCCUUCACCGAUGAAGAAUAUCGAUUAGCUGGCGCCCGUCUAGCAGAUCUAAACGAAGUGCUAAACCUAAAUGUCCUUGUACACCCCACAGUCCCCCCCUUAGAGUACUUCCUAGAACCCAGCAGCAGCAGCAGCAGCAGCAGCAGCAGCAGCAAGGGAGGAGGAGCAGCAGUGAGGCCAGGGGGGGUAUUGAUAUGCUGCAUCUCCCCGGGUGAGUGUGAGGGCCUUCUGGAUGUGCUUGGGCGUGGGGGUUGGUCUCUACUGUCUCUUCUUGUCUCUUCUUCUUCUUUGCAUUUGAGGGGUAUAGCAGCAUUAGCGGAGCUGGAGAUGCUGCGGGGGCAGCAGGCGCUGUUGCGGUGUAUGUACAGCCUACCACGGGUUAUGAAGGGCCUCACAACUGCAGCAGGAAGAAUAAACCCUGCUGUUGUUCUCGUAUUAGGGGCGGGGCCUGGGGGGCUGCAUGCAGCAGCAGCUGCAUGCAAAGCAGGUGCUGAGGUGUAUGUAUUAGAUCCUCGAGUGAGUGUAAAGACAACAGUAGAAUCAAUUGGGGCUGUCUUUCUUUCAUUUCUUUGUUCAUCUGCUUCAUGGGAGGCUUUAAGUAUAUUAAACGGUACUUCUAAUAAUAAAUUACAAGAGACUCUACGCAUGCAUGUAUGUAGAAGCGACAUUAUUAUAUCAGCCCCAGAUACAGAAGCAUUCAUAGGGGGCCCCCCUCCUCCUCUUAUACCCCAGGCUUGGUCUUCUCAAAUGAAGCAAGGAGCUGUCCUCAUCGAUUUAAGGGCGAGACACCCCAAAGCACUGCCAGGCUGGUACGGUUCCAUUCAGCUCUCCCCUCGCGCACAAGGGGGCCCCCAUGGGGGCCCCUCUGAAGGUGGCCUUAAGGGGGGCCCCCAAGGGGGGCCCCCCGAGGGAGGCCUUAAGGGGGGUCCCCAAGGGGGGCCCCCUGAGGAAGGCCUAAAGGGGGGCCCCCCUGAGGGAGGCCCAGAAGGGGGCCCCACUGAAGGAGGCCUAAAGGGAGGCCCCCAAGGGGGGCCCUCAGGGGGGGGGCCCCUAGGAGAGGAUAAGGGGGUUGAGAUUACUGUCUUAGAUGGAAGUGCGCUGGAGCAGACGAUCCCGAAGGAAAUGAUUAGAGUGCUGUCUUCGAGUGUAUGCAGCUUGCUGCAGCAAAUGAAGACAACAGCAAAUCCCUUUAUUUCAUUGCCGCAGGAGACAGGAGACACCGUGCUGCAGCAGCUGCUGCUGCUAGACAGGGGGGCCCCCAACCUCCACCGCAGCUGCUCAGUGUUUAGGGGCAGGAAGACUUUCUCUCAGUUACAAUUCGCCAGCAGCAGAUUCAACUCUUUUGAUGCUCUUCCUGCUGCUAAUCCUGCUGCUGCUGCUGCUGCUGCUGCUGCUGCUGCUAACGGCAGCAGCAGCAGCAGCAACGAAAAGGGGACGCAAAAGGAAUAA